AGUGUCAGUGCUGUGCAAUCAGUGUAUAUACUUUAGUUAACGUGGCUUUAUCAACAACCGAGUACGUUUGAAUCGAAUAACAAUUGCGAUUUUUAAUAAAAUUUGAUUCAUCGUGGAGCCACACAGUUCAAAAAUGAGACGGGCUCAUUCAGGUUAUGGUUAUCAACCAUUACCAACAAGUUCUACACACUCAUUGGAACAAGAAAAUGAUCAGAUGGCAGAUGAACUCAAAGAUAAAAUUAAUGCCCUAAAGUCACUGUCAAUUGACAUCAGCACAGAAGUCAAGUAUCAAGACAGAUUACUGAGAGAUAUGGAUGAUGAUGUUGACAGAACGAGUGGGUCUCUUACUUCAACUGUUGCUCGAGUUCUAAGGCUGUCAAAAGGAAGACACAAUUAUUAUUUGUUCUAUCUGUUUCUUUUUGCUAUUGCUUCGUUUGUUGUGCUAUGGAUUAUAUUGAAAUUUAAAUGAUAUGCAAGUGACGUAUAGGUGAAGAUUCAUUCCUGUCACAUACAUAUCCAGCCUAUUAUUAAUUAAAUUGUACUUGGUAAAUAUGCACUGGAAUUUGUUGCAAUAAGUAUGGAAAAACAGUUGUACAUAGCUUGAAUGUAAAAAAAUUGAAUUACGUUAUUUGUUAUACAUACAAUAAUAAUUAAAAAUAAUUAA